CGACAAUACCAAUGAGGUGUACAAGUGGCUGAAGAAUGAAAAGGCUGGUCUUUUGGGGCUUACCAGGAUCAAGUGGAACUUUGAAAAAUUCCUCGUCAACAAGGAGGGCAAGGUCGUACAUCGGUGGGCGUCGACGACGACUCCGGAGAGUAUUGAUGCUGAGAUUGCCAAGAUCUUGUAGAGGAAAGUUGUAAAUGUAAUAUGACAUCACUAUUCCACAUCGUUCUCCUACAUGCCUGCACAUUCCAGCGAAACCUCGUCCAUCUACUUUGACGCACCGCUCACCCCCAUGUCCACCCCGCCUCAAAUUCUCGACAAGCCACUCACAGUCGACCCUACCGUAUACAACGGCCGCGAUGCUGAGGUUCCAGACAAGGGUCACAAGGCGAUUCAUCCGAACGGUUCAGAAGGUUGGCUUCCAGCCGCAGAUUUACUCGAACAAUCCGUCUCGCCUACUCAUACCGGUCCCAUCUUGCGCAAAGCAGAGAAUGCACCUUCCAUCCACUCUUCCACGUCGUUCAUUCCCAAGGACUCGCUAAAUCGGGGAGCUUCAAUAUAUCGCUCUGCCUCAGUCUCCAAGCGGAGCGUGUUCACCAACCCCGAUGGAAAUCCUAUAGUCGGUUCUACCUUUAUUGGCGGUGCCGCAACAACUGGCCCAAAUGCCAAAGCCGAAGCAGACGAAAGCCUCCACAACAGAGCGGCCUCCGCCGACGCAUCGUUGUCUGCAAAGCAGUUGUUCAAAAUCCAGAAGACAGAAGCAAAAGACAACAAACGUCUCUCCAAGGUCAUCAAAACCGAAGGCAAGGUCGAAAAGCAAGCUUUGGCAGUGGCUAUUCAAGAGUUGUCCGAGCUCCAGAACUUACAGAAAGCAGCCAUAAAGGUAGUAUCGCGCACUAUGCUCUAUUGACGAUAACUCAUUCUUCCGUCGACAGCGCGAGUCACAAGCCCACACUGCCCAUGCUCGAGCCCUUGCCACUCUCCAGAAGAACGAAGCCACCUUCCUUGCGGCGCGCACCAAGUACGAGACGGCGCAGGCCCAGCUCCAGGCAGAGGCGGAGACUCUUAACAUCAGCAGAAACAACGCUCGUGAAGCUACUGAGCGCAUGCAAGCAAAGUCACGGGAGAUCGAUGGCUUGAGGACCAUGUUUGGCGUAGACGAGAGAGAACGCGAGGUGAAGCAUGUUGAAUUAACUCCGAAGAAGUCAAAGCAUGCUUGGAAAUGGUGAGAUAAGUAUUGUACUGCCUUUCUCCCGCAUUGUCCGUAUCGAACAUUUUUCGGAUUUUUGGAUUUAAAGCCAAUACACAUCGGUUUGUAAGUGCUGAAUU